AUGAAAACCUCCUACCUCCUUGUCUCUCUUCUCGCAUCAUUCAAAGUUACCGCGAAGCCUACAGGUGGUAGUGAUUUCGAUAUCGCUCUCCAUUCCCGUGUAGAGCAACGAGCUGCCGUGCCAGCACCUCCACCCCCACCUCCAGCUCCAAAUCCGGGCCCAGCUCCAGCUCCGGGUCCAGCUAAAGCGGCUGAUCCACCCCCAGCACCGACUCCCCUCCCACCUACCCUAGACGGUGUUGUCCUGGACGGCGGCGUCGUAAACUACAAUCCGAACAACCAUAAUAUUAAUAAUUGCUGGACGGUACCAGUCCAACGGCCUCCCCCCAGUGCUCCCUACGCCCCUGGUACCUGCUCGGUAUGCGGCUUGCAACGCAACGGUACCGACGGUAGCGCAGACUAUCAGCUCUGGGCUCGAGACAAUCUCAACAAUGCCAUGGGCAACAUGUCCCCAACUACAGUCUGGCCACUCGAUGGGAUGCGCUCGCCAGCAGAUGAUAGUAAAAACCAGUCUGUCAUUCAGAUGGGCGGAUCCCCUCUUCAGCUAUGGGCCUUGGAAGCAGAAGAUCCCAACUAUUCUAUGGUAUACAUGAGAUGGGUCACCCCGCCGCACCACCUAAGCGCCCCCUUGAAUGACACAACCAUACCACAAGUGUCCUUUGAUCCAAACCCAAAGAUGAUUAAUACCGAAACAUGCAGCUCCGCUGGAACCGCAUUAAACGGUGCGGUGGUCUACUUCAUAUGCUACUUUGCAUGCUAG